CCUAUUAGUAAGUGGUCAAAGCAUAAAUGCGAAUUGAGAUUUGUUUUGAUUAGAAAACUAAGUUUUGGGAGUSAAAUAUUGUGCUCAGGAUUCGCAGGAUUCAGAGCAUCUCGUGAAAUAUGACGGAUGAAGUAAAGAAAUAUUUCAAUGGACUACUACAUAAGGUCAAUGGUCUCUAUAUAAUACAAGUUACCGACAGAGAUGGAGUGCCACUGUUACGAGUAAGUCAGGAUAAGAAUGUUGACUUCGCGCUUAUGCCUUCCUUCAUACCCACUUUUGCAACAGCCAGUGAACAAGCAGGAAAAUUGGGUUUGGGGCGUAACAAAGUUAUUAUAUCGAUGUAUUCCAAUUAUCAGGUAGUGCAAAUGAAYAAAUUGCCACUGAUUCUUACUUUUGUUGGUGGUGAGCACUGCAAUACUGGCCACAUUUUAGCUCUAGAACACCAAUUAGAUGCACACUUGGAAGACAUUAAAUUAGCCGUAAAUGAAGCGUAAUAAUAUUUGAACUUUUUCACUUUUCUAAAAGCAUAUAUCUACAUACAUCCGAUACAUUAUGAUAUACAGUUUUCAAUCUACUCUUGAUAUACUUCGUUUUUCUUGAAUGAUUUUUCGUAAUAAAAUCAAACAGAUUUGAUGUAUUUACUUAAUUAACUUAAACGGCAAAGGCAUAGUUGUGUAAAUAGGCGAUCGGAAGUAUUUACUUUAUUUCAAUCAGGAAAUUAUUACAUUUUAUAUAUGUUGAUCAUUAUAUCAGUUAAUACAAGUGAAUAAUAUUUACUAAUUAAACUUACGUAUAUAUUAUAAAAAGUGUACAAAUAAAUUUCCUGCUGUAAUGAUUUACAAUYAAAGGAAUGCUGAUGAUGAUCCUAGAAUUCAGUAUAAAUUACAUUUAUUAAAUACAUUGAGUUUACACUUAA